UAACAUUAACUUUUUUAAUUUUAAUUAAUAUUCAAGAUUUGUUUUUAAAUUUUAAAUAUUCAAUUUUAAUUUAAUGUCUUCACUGUUAAAUAACGUAAAAAUAUGGGCAUGUUCUUUGUAAGAUGAAAUUUCAAAACAACAAAAUCUAUUGUUUAAUUUAUAAAUUCGUCAUUCAACAUUUUUAGUUGGUUAUCAAUUUAAAAAUAUUUAAGUAACAUUCAUUUUUUUUAUUCUUCUGGAUUACUUGUGCGUUUUUGUUAUAUGAAGAUGGAAAAGUCAAAUGAGAACAAGAUAUCUAGUUAGUUUAAUAGUAUUUUGACUAAUUUAGUCAAAAUUUUAAAGUAGAUCAAUUGCUCUCAAAAUUACCACCACCUACACCAUUGCCAAGUUAUGUUAUUGAUGCACUAAAUGAAGGAACACCUGAAUUAAACACAUCUAUUCUACAGUUAAAUAACAUGAAUAAUCAAAAUUUCCAUACUCCAACUUUUUCGCCAGCAAUUUCUAAUAGAACUGAGACUUCUGAUAUUACGGGUGAUGUAACAAGAAAAGUUGAAGAAUUUAAAGAUGACCAAGGGACUAAUGGAAAAACUGAUCUUUUCAAUUGGAUGAGAGGAAGUGGUUCGAGUAUAUUUUCUAUGGUAGCUGAAAAAGCUAAAAAUUCUGUUGAUGCAGUUCUUACUACAUUAGAUCCACAAAUGAAAGAUGCUUCAAACGCUUUAAAUUUUGAAAAUACCGAUGUCAUUAUUGCUUCAGAAAAAGAAAUUGUUGUUAGUGCUGUCCGAGAAGGAUUUCAAAAAGUUUUUGGAAAAUGUAAUGUUAAGGGCUUGGAAUCACCAAAUCAUCCAUUUGCUACCCAGUUAGUUGGUUUUUCAGCUGCUACACAAGCUACUAGAUAUUGUAUUGAUGCUGUUAGACUACAUGUUCCAAAAGGACCAAUUGUAGCAUAUGAAAAAUUUAUUGUUGAGCCAACUGAUUCUAAGUGGUAUGAAUUUGGUCUAUUGAAACUUCACGACUUGGAAAAAAACAUAGAUUUAGAAAUAUAUACUCAAAGUAUACCUGUGCCUUCAUCUGUUGUCAGGCUUAUUAGUGAUGAUACUCCUAAAGAUUAUGAGCAUUUAUCAACUGGAUUCAGUAUUCCAGUUGCACACUUUAUGGCUAGCAACUUAAAGGUUCACCCAUCUGAAUGGCAAGAAGUCAUGACCGGUAUUAGUAAUCGAACCUUAUUGCUAAAUGCAUCUACUUCAUUAGCAAUGUGGUAUAAAAAUGCUUUGGAGUAAAACUAUUAUUACAUGAUUUAUAUUAAACUUUAAUUUUACAAUGUAUAGGUAUAUUUUGUAAUAUACUAGUAAUUAUAUUUAUAAUGGAUAAUAUUUUUUGUUAUAAAAAUAGAAAAUAUAAAAUAUGAUGGAAAAAUUGUUAGAUGUUUCACAUAGAUUUUUUUGUAGUAACUUUAGUUCAAAAAAUUUCUGUAUGAGAACUAUAAUAAAUUAAUAUAUUUUAUUCA